CGGCGGCGGUAUAAAGCCGGCGACGGGGAGCAUGUAAUGUCGGAAUGCGGAGGCCGCGGCGGCGGCGGCAGCAGCAGCGACGACGCCGAGGACGAGGGCGGCGGCGGCCCCGCGGGCUCUGGCUCCCUCAGCCCGGCCCCGGCCGGCCGGCUCCGCCGCGGCUUGCGCGGCGCCUCCCUCAUGGCGCGCCGGCGGCCCGAGCUGCUGUGCGGGGCCGUAGCCCUCGGCUGCGCGGUGCUCCUGGCCCUCAAGUUCACCUGCAGUCGAGCAAAAGAUGUGAUAAUACCUGCAAAGCCACCUGUCAGCUUUUUCUCCUCGAGGUCUCCGGUGCUUGACCUCUUCCAGGGGCAGCUGGACUACGCAGAACACAUUCGCCGGGACUCGGAGGUGGUGCUGCUGUUCUUCUACGCCCCGUGGUGCGGCCAGUCCAUCGCUGCCAGGGCCGAAAUCGAGCAGGCGGCCAUCCGGCUUUCAGACCAGGUGUUGUUUGUGGCAAUUAACUGUUGGUGGAACCAGGGGAAGUGCAGAAAACAGAAACACUUCUUUUAUUUUCCUGUGAUCUACCUGUACCAUCGGAGUUUUGGACCAAUCGAAUACAAAGGCCCCAUGAGCGCUGUGUACAUUGAGAAGUUUGUCCGCCGGGUGAUGAGACCUCUUCUGUACAUCCCAUCUCAAUCAGAAUUACUAGAUUUUCUCUCAAACCACGAGCCUGGGGUCCUCGGGUACUUCGAGUUCAGCGGUGCGCCUCAGCCUCCUGGUUAUCUGACCUUCUUCACCUCGGCAUUGCAUUCAUUAAAGAAAGAUUACCUAGGAACAGUACGAUUUGGGGUUAUCACAAAUAAACAUCUUGCGAAACUGGUAUCCUUAGUACACUCUGGAAGUGUGUAUUUACAUAGACAUUUCAACACAUCACUUGUCUUUCCCCGGGAGGUCAUGAACUACACCGCUGAGAACAUCUAUAAAUGGGCCUCGGAAAACCGGGAGACACUCUUCCGAUGGCUGCGGCCGCAUGGGGGCAAGAGUCUCCUGUUGAAUAACGAGUUGAAGAAAGGACCGGCCCUUUUCCUUUUCAUACCUUUUAAUCCCUUAGCCGAAACUCAUCCUCUGCUAGACGAGAUCACCGAAGUGGCCUUGGAGUACAACAACUGUCGCGGGGACCACGUGGUGCAGCGCCUCCUUCAGCACCUGCGGCGGGUGGAUGCCCCUGGGUUGGAGUCCCUAGCUUCUGCGCCGCAGGCCCCCCUGGCAGACCCCCCGCUGAUGGCGGCGUCCCCCUGCUGCAACACUGUGGUGCUGCCCCCGGGACACGCCUUGUCCAGGACCCACAACAUCUGCGAGCUGUGCGUCAACCAGAGCGCCGGGGGCGUGAGGCCCAGCUCGGUCAGCGUGCCGCAGUGCAGCUUCUUCGAGAUGGCGGCGGCUCUGGAUUCGUUCUACCUCAAGGAGCAGGCCUUUUACCACGUGGCGUCGGACAGCAUCGAGUGCAGCAACUUUUUAACUUCCUACAGCCCUUUCAGCUACUACACUGCAUGUUGCAGGACCGUCCACAGGGGCGUGGCGAGCUUCAUGGAUUCGGAACAAGAUGGUGUCCUUGACACCCCGGCCCUUGCAUUUUCUUCCGUGCAGAAGUGUGAGGGCGAAGUCCCGAGCGCCGUUCCUCACAUUGAGGAGAGCAGGUAUCGCUUGCCUGACGUGGACUCGCCGGGCACAGACUUCACAGGCUUGAGCUGCAGAACCAACAAGACCCUCAACAUCUACCUGCUGGAUUCAAACUUGUUUUGGCUCUACGCAGAGAGACUGGGUGCUCCGAGCUCCUCUCGGGUGAAGGAAUUUGCCACGAUUGUGGAUGUGAAAGAAGAGUCUCACUAUAUCUUGGAUCCCAAACAAGCUCUUGUGAAGUUCACCCUAGAGUCUUUUAUUCAAAACUUCAGCGUUCUCUACAGUCCCUUGAAAAGGCAUCUCAUUGGAAGUGACUCUGCCCAGUUCCCUUCUCAGCAUUUAAUCACCGAAGUGACAACGGAUACCUUUUGGGAAGUAGUCCUUCGAAAACAGGACGUCUUGCUGCUUUACUACGCGCAGUGGUGCGGCUUCUGUCCAUCCCUCAAUCACGUCUUCAUCCAGCUCGCUCGGCUCCUGCCGGUGGACGCGUUCACUGUGGCCAGGAUCGACGUGUCGCAGAAUGACCUCCCUUGGGAAUUCAUGGUUGAUCGUCUUCCUACUGUCUUGUUUUUCCCCUGCAACAGGAAGGACCUCAGUGUGAAGUACCCUGAAGACCUCCCCAUCACCCUCCCAAAUCUGCUGAGGUUCAUCUUGCACCACUCGGCCCCCGCUUCCUCCAGCCAGGACGUGGCCAGCCCUCCUACCAAGGACUGUAUCCAGAACGAGGCAGCCCUACAGCAGGGGCACAUCUCCCAGCUGCAGAGAGAGAUCCAGAAGCUGAGGGCGGAAAUCGGCAGCCUCCAGCGGGCGCAGGUGCAGGUGGAGGUGCAGCUGUCGCGCGCCCGCCGGGACGCACACCGGCUGCAGCGGGAGCAGCAGGCCCUGGAGCAGCAGCACCGCGUGCUCCGGCAGCACGGCCAGCAGCUGCAGGCCCUGCACGAGCGGAAGAGCCGCGAGCUGGCCGCGCUGGCCCGGCAGCUCCAGGAGCUGGCCGACGCCUCGGAGACGCUCCUGGCCGAGAACGCGUGGCUCAAGGUCCUGGUGGCCACCAUGGAGAGGAAGCUGGAGGGCAAGGACAGGGCGGAUGGCGCGGCGGCCCUGCGACAGGAAGGCCCUGACCCUGCCCAGCCCGCAGGCGCCCCUCCACCUUCCAACGUCAGCUCCGCGCUGGCAUCCGAAAGGAGUCACGAGAACAGGACAGAGGAACUUUUUUAAAUGAUAUGAAGAAAUCAGAGGUGAAAACUGAACAUUGGGAAUAUAUUUAUGCAAAUUUCACUGAAAUUUAUUGUAAAUAAAG